GCAGCAGCGAAUAGCCUGCUGCGUUGAGGUGCCGCAGCAAAUCGUCGGCGGUGCUCGACUGGAAUGGAUGCUGCUGCUGUUGCUGCUGCUGCUGCUGCUGCGCAGCAGCAGCAUCGAAGGCAACAGCAGCAGCACUCGUAACUGAAUAAUCCUAGUAACCAAUGUAUUGUUGAUAGGUGGCGGCGGCGGCGGCCCUGGGGCUUUGACCAAUGUGAAAAAGUAACGACAAAUAACAACAGCUGCCGGUGAAACGGUGGCCAGGGAACGACUACUCCGAAGCAUGGUCGAGUGGUGUUCGCUUUGGGUCUAGAUUCGAUUUGUUUGUUCAUAAUAACUUAUAUGAAUCUGCAUGUGUGAGCGUAAAUAUAGACGAAAGCUGGCUGCCACUUAGUUUACGAGUAUGUGCAACGGUGAAAACACAGAUAUAUAAAGAAGACUUCAUUGUGAUUGACUGGAUUGAAUUAUUGGUAAAACAGUUCAGUUAGUUUUGGAAUAACAUAGGUAUUGUUGUCUGUCUGUGCGUGCAUUGCUGAUGAACCACCCGCCGACCACGACCGCUGUAACAUCCGCUGCAGAAAAAAACAACAGUUGUGCCGAAGGACAGGAGCGUCGGACUUUAAACGACUCGAAUCGCGAAGAGUUAGAAGGCUCGUAUUGCAAGAUGUCCAUUAACAAUAACCCAUCAAAGCAGCCUCCUCCAGGAAAAACCCGCUGGGGUCGCGAUCGACUGCCCCACAAGCAGACGGCCAACGGAUUUUCACUAUGGAGUAUUUUAAAGAAGUGCUUUGGGAGGGAAUUAUAUAAAGUUGCAAUGCCGGUGGAGUUCAACGAACCGCUGAGUUUCUUACAAAGAAUGACGGAAACGUUCGAGUAUGCUGGACUGCUAGAACGAGCCGCAACAAAAGAUGACCCAGUUGAACGGAUGCAGUUGGUGUCUGCAUUUGCUAUUGCGGCACUGAGCUCAAAUCUCGAUCGACUUAAGAAACCGUUUAACCCACUUCUCGCCGAAACCUACGAACUCGAUCGGACCAAGCACGAAGACGGCUUUCGGGUAGUGUGUGAGCAGGUGUCUCAUCACCCGCCGAUCUCAGCCUUUCAUGGCGAAAGUGUAAAGGGCACUUACGUAGUCGAAGGGUGUGUCAACCCCCGCAUCAAGUUUUGGGGACGGAGUGUCGAAAUCAGACCAGAAGGAUCGGUACGAGUGCGUUUCCCGCAGCGGAAGAACGAGGAAUAUGUCUGGACGAAUGUAAACUGCUGUAUCCACAAUAUUAUUAUCGGUACACUCUACUUCGAGCAAUACGGCGAUCAGGUGAUCACGUGCGAGCAGACGGAGCUCCAGUGUCGAAUUAAUUAUAAGGCUGCAAAUGGGCCAACAGACAUUCAACUACACAGCAUUCUAGGGUAUAUCAUAAACAAAGCAGGCCAAAAGGUGGCGAAGAUCUCCGGAAGAUGGUGCCACGAGGUGUACACGUAUUCGAUGGCCGCUGAAGGAGGUGAACCAUUAUGGCAGGUCACCCCUCGGUCGCCACAUUCUUCCGACUACUUUAAUUUCACUGAUAUGGCGAUGGCUCUCAACGAAAUGCCCAAAAUUACUGCUCAUCGUAUGCCGCCAACAGAUUCCCGCUACAGACCAGAUAUCCGCCUACUGGAGCAGGGUGAUCUAAAUGGAGCAGCCUCUGAAAAGCAGCGUUUAGAGGAAAAGCAACGGGAAGCCCGGAAAAGGCGUGGGAAGGACGCCGACUGGAAGCCUCUUUGGUUCGAGAAGGUUACAGAUACUUAUUGGCGUUAUGUGGGCGGAUAUUGGGACCGACCGGCCGAUAUGCGUUUACCCGACAUCUUCUAAAGCUAGCAAGAUAUUCGAUAAUAAUAAUAAUAAUAAUAAUAACAAUAAUUUAGCUAUAUGUUUGCUGAUAUGAAUAUCUGAAAUGUUUGACUAGUAAGAAAACUCGUUAGAGCGACGACGAUCAAAAGAGAAAACGUCGCUUCGUAAUUCUCAACCAACUACAGUUUAUCGAAGAUACUUUGACAUAAGAGUCUCGCACGAUACCUAGCGCGCUUUACCUAACAAUUAAUCGGUCUACUAUCUUCACCACUAAUACAAUCAUCGCAUCUUUGUCAUUGUAUCAUUUUUCGCCCUAUAUGCAGAUAUACGCCUCUCCCAAGUAUAUUUAUUGUGACUGUAAUUAUCCGCGCCACCGGGGAAAACGUGUCGGAAUAUUUGUCGCGUAUUUAAACAUGUGUAUUGUACAUAAUCCUACAAAUCCUCUAGAAAUAAUGUCUGUGAUGCUACGAGUAAUAAUACCAUGAGUGCGCAUUCGAUAAUUUCCACUAUCGAAAUAGAUUUACGGCAACGAUGGAGAAGACAACGACGGAGAGUGUUGUAUUUGUUUAUGGUUGUAGAGAAAGUGAGUGUCGUGAUGAGUAACAAAGAUUUUGUUGAAAUGAUAAUAAAAUUCUUAACCCGUGA